AUGUCGUUGGAUCUGCAACAAGUGUUUGAUUUUGCGAUUCAGCUGUCCUUUCGCGCAGGAAAAGCGAUUACCGAAGGGUCCGAAACACGGUUCAAAAACGCCGCCGGCUUCGACGAGAAGAAGAACACGGCUGACUUGGUCACCGAGACGGAUCAAAACACAGAGAAGUUGGUGCGUGAUGCGAUUCAGGCCAAGUACCCCGACCAUGAAUUUAUUGGCGAGGAGAGCUGGGCUGCCGGCGAUGAGGGCGCACUGACUGAUGCGCCUACCUGGAUCAUUGAUCCCAUUGACGGCACGACCAACUUUGUGAAAGGCAUGCCCCAUGUGUGCAUCUCGAUUGGAUUUGUGUAUAAUAGCGUGCCUACGAUCGGUGUGAUUUAUGCACCGUUCAUGGGCCAGCUAUUCGCCGGACGCAAAGGCCACGGCGCGUUUAUGACAAGCUCGAUGCACCCCGAGCGCCAUGCCCUCCCGCUUGCCAAGCCGCUUCCGUUUGUCAGCUUGAAGCAGGCUUUGGUCGCAUUUGAGUGGGGCUCAGACCGCUCCAACACUGUGAUGGAGAAGAAAUCUCGCACGUUCAAGCGUUUGGCUGGCGAUUCUGCCAAUGGCGUAGACGGCGGCGAAAUGGUCCUUGGCGUGCGCUCUAUGGGCUCUGCAGCCCUCAACUUUGCACACGUCGCAUGCGGCUCGCUUGAUUCCUACUGGGAGAUUGGAUGCUGGGCGUGGGAUGUGUGUGCUGGAAUUGUGAUUGCAGGCGAGGCUGGAUGUGCCGUCGUUGGCUCCAAAGAGCAGGCGCGUGGUGCUGUGCAAAGCGGCGAAUGGCCGCCGGCUGUCACACCCGCCGUUCUGACGGGCCGCAAGUACCUUGUUGUGCGUGGCAUGGACAGCACGCCGAAGGAGCCGAGUGCAGAUGCGCAGAAGCGCUACAUCCGCACGUUUUACAAUGCAGUAGACGAGUGGGAUCCGUAG